AUGGAGGACCAUGAUUUGCGUCGGAAGAUAGCUUUGAAGCAGUUGAAGCAGGCGAAAAUAGCCUCUGCUGAGGAAGAAGAGACAGAUAUUGUUCAAGAAUUGCCCUCGAGGGCCAGGCAUAGCGUUGAGUUUCAGGAAACGCUUCUCAACGAGCGAGAUGGUCAGCCAGCUGACGUCCUUGGCUGGGAACAAUUUUUCGAGCACAACGAGCGAUAUUCAUUGAGUGAGAGGAAUUUCGAGUUUAAUACCUACUUUACUCUACCGAAGUCCUGUGCGGGUGCUUCAAUUCCGAUCUUUGUAUUCCACCAUGGGGCAGGCUCGUCGGGACUUACGUUUGCUAAUUUAUCCAAACAACUGGUCGAGAAAUUGGAGGGCAAAUGUGGAGUGUUUUCCUUCGAUGCUCGAGGUCAUGCUCAGACUAGACCAAUUGAUUUAAAAAAGGAAGUUACAUAUGAGCUGGAGGCAUUCAUCUAUGACUUUGUCACCCUGGUGGAUUUGUUCUACAAAAGGCACCUCGAACAGCUGGCGGUCCAGAAACUGUCCUUUAUUUUUGUUGGCCAUUCCCUUGGGGCCAGCAUAUGCACAUUUGCCUAUGCUCGCCAGACGGCGGCGAUCAAGGAGCAUACCUUAGGCGUCUGCAUGCUCGACAUCGUCGAGGAAGCCGCUAUACAAGCAUUACAGAAGGUGCAUAGCUUUCUGGCAUCCACGCCCAACGUUUUCAACAACUAUAGAGAGGCCGUCGACUGGCAUGUUCAGCGUGGCUUAUCAAGUUGCAGAGAGAGCGCUCAGGUGGCGAUUCCUGCAUUGUUCGCUGCGGCUAAAUCUCAGAAGAUUGUACGAAUUACUAACUUGAAUGACUUCCGUCCGUAUUGGCACACAUGGUUCCAGCACUUGUCCCACAGCUUCGUAGCGCUUCCCACCAAUAAACUUCUUUUGCUCGCUGGGAAUGAUAAUCUUGAUAAAGAGCUGAUUAUCGGCCAGAUGCAAGGCAAAUACCAGUUGGUUGUCUUCCAGGAUUCUGGCCACUUCAUCCAAGAGGACGUACCUCGAAAGACCGCAAUCACAUUAAUUGACUUUUGGAAGAGAAAUGAUUCGAGAUCCGCAGUAAUCAAAACAAACUGGGGUAAGAACUAG